AUGGCCGGGCCAGGGUUCCGGGGCCACGCCAUCGGACCUCUCCUGCUCCUGCUGCUGCUCCUGCCCCAGGCCCUGGUGGAAGGACCCCUGGUGUUCGUGGCUGUGGUGUUCCGCCAUGGGGACCGGGCCCCGCUGGCCUCCUACCCCACCGACCCGCACAAGGAGGCCGUGUCCACGCUGUGGCCGCGCGGCCUGGGCCAGCUGACCUCGGAGGGGGUCCGCCAGCAGCUGGAGCUGGGCCGCUUCCUGAGGAGCCGCUACGAGGCCUUUCUGAGCCCCGAGUACCGGCGGGAGGAGGUGUAUGUCCGCAGCACGGACUUCGACCGGACCCUGGAGAGCGCUCAGGCCAACCUGGGGGGGCUGUUCCCCGAGGCCGGCCCGGGGCGCCCUGAGGCCGCCUGGAGGCCCAUCCCUGUGCACACGGUGCCGGUCACUGAGGACAAGCUGCUGAGGUUCCCCACGCGCAGCUGUCCCCGAUACCACGAGCUGCUGCGGGAGGCCACGGAGGCCCCCGAGUACCAGAGGGCGCUGGAGGGCUGGACGGACUUCCUGGCUCACCUGGAGAACUGCACGGGGCUGUCCCUGGUUGGGGAGCCGCUUCGCAGGGCGUGGAAGGUUCUGGACACACUGAUGUGCCAGCGAGCCCACGGUCUCCCCCUCCCGUCCUGGGCCUCCCCGGAUGUCCUGCAGACACUAGCCCAGAUCUCGGCUUUGGACAUUGGGGCCCACGUGGGCCCACCCCGGGCAGCAGAGAAGGCCCAGCUGACAGGGGGGAUCCUGCUGGACGCCAUCCUUGCUAACUUCUCUCGGGUCCAGCGCCUGGGGCUGCCCCUCAAGAUGGUGAUGUACUCGGCUCACGACAGCACCCUGCUGGCCCUCCAGGGGGCCCUGGGCCUCUACGACGGGCACACCCCGCCCUACGCUGCCUGCCUGGGUUUCGAGUUCCGGAGGAGCCUGGGGGACCUCGAUGACGACGACGAAGAUGCAGGGAACGUCACCAUCUCCCUCUUCUACCGCAACGACUCCACCGGCCUGCCCCUGAGCCUCAGCCUCCCCGGGUGCCCAGCCCCCUGCCCACUAGGCCGCUUCCGCCAGCUGACCGCCCCGGCCCGGCCUCCAGCUCACGGGGUCCCCUGCCACGGCACCCAUGAGACUCCCACUCCCACGGCCACCGUCGUGCCCCUGUUGGCUGGGGCUGUGGCCAUGCUGGCGGCGCUCUGCAUAGGGCUGGGCUUGCUGGCCUGGAGACCCGGCUGCCUGCGGGCCUGGGGAGACCCCGUGUGAGCCGCGAAACCGGGCACCCCCUCCCCACUGCUGACCCUGGACCCCAACAUGUGUG